GGCAUUUUGACUACCUACCUACGGUUAUUUAUUUACUGUUGUUAAUAAUUAUAUUGCAUAUUUGCUGUAAUCAUUCAAUACAAACCUGAUUAAUAUGUAAAACUUUAGCCAUGAGUGGACUUAUUGAAUAUAAAUCUUUUUUCCCCUUUGACAGUAUUCAAAAGGUGUGUGAAUUAUUCGAAGAGCAACUGCGUAGCGAAAAAGAACCUGAUUUGGCUUUGUUUUCAAUCAUAGUAGGAGCUGUUGAAAACAACUUAACUAAUAUAAAAGCUAAUGAUAAAGAUGUAACACUCGCCAAUAACAAGUUUGUUAAAAUGAAAUUCCCUUCGGUGUCCUGGGAAGAAGUAAAAUCUCUAUAUGAUCGCUUCAUUUCGUUGAUGAAAAGUGGGGUUGAUGCUAAACUACUAAGCGGUGAAUUUUCAAGUCGAGAACUUGUGAAAAGAGUUGCUGAUGUUGUAUGGAAUUCUCUUACCCGCAGUUACUAUAAAGAUAGAGCGCACCUUCAGUCUAUAUACAGUUUUUUAACAGGAAACAAGUUGGAUUGCUUUGGUGUUGCAUUUGCAGUUACUGCGGCCUGUCAGGUGCUAGGUAAAAAUGAUGUUCACCUGGCUCUAUCAGAAGACCAUGCCUGGGUGGUAUUUGGAAAAGAUGGAAAAGAAACUGCGGAGGUAACUUGGCAUGGCAAAGGUAAUGAAGACAAAAGGGGAAGAUCUGUGGGAGAUGGAGUGUUAGCCCAUUCAUGGCUCUAUGUAGCUGGCAAACCUGUUGUUUGCACUCGUGUCAUGGAAUUAGCAGCACUAGUGUCAUCAAUUAAUCCAACAUUAACACCAACAAUUGAUGUCCAUGAAGUUGCAUUAAUGCAGCACAAGCUUCUUUGGUUGUUGUAUGAGAAAGGUCAUUUACAUACCUAUCCAAUGGCCUUGGGUAAUCUUGGUGAUUUGGAGGAAUAUAUGAAAUUGUCAAAUUGCUCAGAAGAAAUGAAAAAUUCAGCAACAAAAGAAGAGAGUACAAAUACAAAAAGUAAUACUCCAAGACCAGAUUCAGCUGCAUUGUAUUUACAAGCCAUAAGGUCAUCCCGGCAUCACUAUGAUGACAGACAUGUGUAUCCAUAUACAUUUCAAGGGGGCUACUAUCACCGUCAUAAGAUGUAUAAAGAAGCAUUUCAUGCUUGGGCAUGUGCUGGAGAUGUUAUUCGACAUUAUAAUUAUUCAAGAGAUGAUGAAGAAAUUUACAAAGAAUUUUCUGAAAUAGCAAAUGAACUCAUUCCUCAACUAAUGAAGGCUGAAAGUUCAGGACAUUCCGCAAGAUCCAUCUUGAAGGAUCCAGAAUGUUUUGCAUCUUUAUUGAGGUUUUAUGAUGGUAUUUGUAAAUGGGAAGAAGGAAGUCAGACUCCUAUUUUACAUAUUGGCUGGGCUAAGCCUCUGGUUAGUACAAUUUCAAAAUUUGAUGCAGAGGUAAGAGCUCAAGUAAAUAUUGUUUGCAAUACAGAAAAUAAUCAUAUUGGUGAUGAUAUAAAGAAAACUGAAGAAGGGGAAAAUAAAGAUUCCACAGCCAGUAAUGAUAGCUGGAAUAAUGCUUCUGAGAACAUUGAAAUGACUGUUAGAGAGCAACUAACAGCGGCGGUGAAUAGUCGGCCACGCGUGACUUUAUAUAGCCAUAAAAUGGCAGCGCUUAAACCUUUGUUAUUAGCAGAGAGAUUAAAUACGCACGCACUGCAGCUGCAACUAACAGCUCAAAGUCAGUUACAGAGGCCUCAAACACAAAGGCGAGAUGAUGAAGAAAAUUCGGGAUCUGUAUCGCGUGCAAAGCGAGCUCGCCGUGAACGCUGAUUGAUCUGCGGAUUCUAAUUGUGAUUGAAUAGGAUAUGCAACUGUUUUACGCUUACUGACGAUUAUUUUGUUAUAAUUCUUUAUUGAUUAAUAUAAUGCAUGUUUCUUUUAAAGCUUAGUGGGAUGUAACCUUUAGGAAUAUUUUGUGAUGACACUUAUUGUGUCUUAUUGCCAUAGAAUAGGCCUUAGGGUAAAACUAUCACAAUGGUGAAGCUUUAUUUUUUCUUUAUUAAGGCAUUUAUGCCAGCUAUACGCUGACAAAUAUACUCUAUGAAAGAGUAAGUUGGACUUAUGAUAAUGUACAAAGUACAAACAGUAUUUUACUAUUUACAUUGUUAUGAAGUUAUUAUCUCGUGAGUUUUCCAUUAAAUGUUAUUUUAAUAAGAUUUUAAAAUUACAAUUAUAUAAAGAGUUUAACUCUGUAUUCUUGAUGUUAAUUAUUUUUUUGAUCUGUCUUGCAAUACAUAUUGGUAUUUUGUAAAAUUAACUCUACUUAGUAGAUGUUUAGUAGUUUAAUGUGGGGCUAAAUAUUAGAAAUCUUAUUUUUGUCAGUUAUUUUGAAGAAAAAAGUAAGUACAUAUAGUUAUAGUGAAUACUUACAUUUUUUCACUCAUUGGCAUAUUUUAUUCUAUAAAAAUAAACUAAACAUAAGAAAUCAUUCAUAAUAUUGUUAAGAUUUAUUCUAUAUAAUAUUCAAUUUAAGUUUACAAGUUAACAAAUCAAACAAUAUGCCAUUGCCUCUCAAUAUCUUGUAAUUAUCUAGUCUAUAUCAGUACUAACUGCAAAAGAUCAUACAUUUAGACAUUAUAAUAAUUAAUUUUAAUAAUAAAAAAAGAUUCAAUGAAACUACAACAUUCAAAUUGAUUUUAUUUCUGACUGACAUGUCAGUAAUAAAAUAAUCUUUUGCAGUUUAAAAUAGUUAAUCUUAAAUGGCUGGUUUACACGCAUUAAGUUGAUAAGUAGGUAACUAAAUUUUAACUUAAUAUUAUGUGACUUAUAUUUAAGUAGCUGUCCAAACGUUAGUAGUCAAGUUCAUUAGGUAACUCAGGAUGGACGAUCAACAACGCAAAGAAGUCGUAAAUUCUAUCCUUAAAUUUAUUAUUAGUGAGAUUUAAGAAGCGGUUAAAGAAGGAAAAUAUUAAUAUAAAUGAAAUAAAGAGAGAAAUAAUCACACCCAAAAGAUUGUGGGUGAGAAAUUGGCUAAAUAGAAGAUAUCAGUACCAUGCACAUUCCACAAGCAUUCUCUUUAUAAUAUAUUCUUCCACAAAUUUACAAAAAGAAAAACGAUAAACAAUUUUUGUGCAGUUUUAACUAAAUUGUAGCUGUCCAAUCGUGUCAAGUAAUAAGGCUGGUUGCAGAGCUUGACCGACCGUCAGUGCGUACCGUCGGUCCUGACGAUACGCAUCAACAAUUGUAUGACUAUGACACUAAUGCGCAUGACAAUACGCGUGCGUAUGGUCGGUCUAGCUAUGAACGGUUUUAUGAAUUUCCAUACAUAUGACAAGCGCGACUGACGUACGCACUGAUGGUCGGUCAACCUCUGCAACCAGCCUUAGCCUGAAGCCACACCCACCAACAUAACAGAAAAAUAGAAAAAUUCUAAUUAUCGAGUUCAGUUGUGAACUAAAUUUUAACUUGCAACUUGCUACUAAAUUGUGUGUUUACACGCAAUUAAUCACUUAAAAUUUAGUUAUCUUAUCAACUUAAUACGUGUUAACCAGCCAUUACCAGAGUACAUACCUUAAAAUAAAUAAGCAUUUAAUCUUUUCUAUGUCUCAAAAAAAUUACAAUUGAAGUCCAGAAAAUAUUUGUAAACAUGACGUAUGUAAUAGAUAAUUAUUAAUAGCUUGAAAGACAUUUCCCUUUACCUCAUACUUUACAUAAUAUCAUGUAGUUAUGGAUAGUGUAAUUCCCACCGUUAAAACAACAUAAAAUAUAAACUAUUUUUUUUA